AUCCGCCUGCCUCAGCCUCCCAAAGUGCUGGGAUUACAGGCGUGAGCCACCGCACCUGGCCCGGGUUUUCUUUUUAAAAAAGGAAAAAAACUUUGUUCCAGCAGUUUACAAACCAGGGCGAUGCAGCCUUCUGUACAAAGGUGCAUUCCAGAGAACAAAGAGAACAAAGAAAUAGGUUGUCUUUUGUAGAGAACUUCUGCUCAGGUUCCCACUUUGGUCACUUAUGCAAAUGAGGAAGGCACACUUGCUUAGUUCUGACUGGUUAAUACUUACCGAGUUCAGAUUGGUCGAUGUGGGUCACAGUCGAUGGGUUGAUUCUGGUGGCAUAAAUAGGAACAGAAAGCUAUGAAACCAUCCCAGAGGCUGGCUCUCCUGAGGAUGCGCCAGCAUCACCCCCGGGCAAGAUGCCCUUCCCUCUGUGUGGCCGGAAUCCUUGCCUGUGGCUUUCUCCUGGGCUACUGGGGACCCUCCCAUUUCCAGCAGAGUUUUCUUCAGGCUUUGGAGCCACAGGCUGUGUCUUCUUACUUGAGCCCUGGUGCUCCCUUAAAAGGCCGCCCUCCUUCCCCUGGCUUCCAGAGGCAGAGGCAGAGGCAGAGGCAGAGGAGGGCUGCAGGCAGCAUCCUACACCUGGAGCUGCUGGUGGCCGUGGGCCCCGAUGUCUUCCAGGCUCACCAGGAGGACACGGAGCGCUAUGUGCUCACCAACCUCAACAUCGGGGCAGAACUGCUUCGGGACCCGUCCCUGGGGGCUCAGUUUCGGGUGCACCUGGUGAAGAUGGUCAUUCUGACAGAGCCAGAGGGUGCUCCAAAUAUCACAGCCAACCUUACCUCAUCCCUGCUGAGCGUCUGUGGGUGGAGCCGGACCAUCAACCCCGAGGACGACACAGAUCCUGGCCACGCUGACCUGGUCCUCUAUAUCACGAGGUUUGACCUGGAGUUGCCUGAUGGUAACCGGCAGGUGCGGGGAGUCACUCAGCUGGGUGGUGCCUGCUCCCCAACCUGGAGCUGCCUCAUUACCGAGGACACUGGCUUCGACCUGGGAGUCACCAUCGCCCAUGAGAUCGGGCACAGCUUCGGCCUGGAGCACGACGGCGCGCCCGGCAGCGGCUGCGGCCCCAGCGGACACGUGAUGGCUUCAGACGGCGCUGCGCCCCGCGCUGGCCUCGCCUGGUCCCCCUGCAGCCGCCGGCAGCUGCUGAGCCUGCUCAGCGCAGGACGGGCCCGCUGCGUGUGGGACCCCCCGCGGCCUCAGCCUGGGUCCACGGGGCGCCCGCCGGAGGCGCAGCCUGGCCUCUACUACAGCGCCAACGAGCAGUGCCGCGUGGCCUUCGGCCCUAAGGCUGUCGCCUGCACCUUCGCCAGGGAGCACCUGGAUAUAUGCCAGGCCCUCUCCUGCCACACAGACCCGCUGGACCAAAGCAGCUGCAGCCGCCUCCUCGUUCCUCUCCUGGACGGGACAGAAUGUGGCGUGGAGAAGUGGUGCUCCAAGGGUCGCUGCCGCUCCCUGGUGGAGCUGACCCCCAUAGCAGCGGUGCAUGGGCACUGGUCUAGCUGGGGUCCCCAAAGUCCUUGCUCCCGCUCCUGUGGAGGAGGUGUGGUCACCAGGAGGCGGCAGUGCAACAACCCCAGACCUGCCUUUGGGGGCCGUGCGUGUGUUGGUGCUGACCUGCAGGCCGAGAUGUGCAACACUCAGGCCUGUGAGAAGACCCAGCUGGAGUUCAUGUCGGAACAGUGCGCCAGGACCGACGGCCAGCCACUGCACUCCUCCCCUGGCGGUGCCUCCUUCUACCACUGGGGUGCUGCUGUACCACACAGCCAAGGGGAUGCUCUGUGCAGGCACAUGUGCCGGGCAAUUGGCGAGAACUUCAUCAUGAAGCGUGGAGACAGCUUCCUGGAUGGGACCCGGUGUGUGCCAAGUGGCUCCCGGGAGGACGGGACCCUAAGCCUGUGCGUGUCGGGCAGCUGCAGGACAUUUGGCUGUGAUGGCAGGAUGGACUCCCAGCAGGUACGGGACGUGUGCCAGGUGUGUGGUGGGGACAACAGCACGUGCAGCCCACGGAACGGCUCUUUCACAGCUGGAAGAGUGAGAGAAUAUGUCACAUUUCUGACGGUUACCCCCAACCUGACCAGUGUCUACAUUGCCAACCACAGGCCUCUCUUCACACACUUGGCGGUGAGGAUCGGAGGGCGCUACGUCGUGGCUGGGAAGACGAGCAUCUCCCCUAACACCAUCUACCCCUCCCUCCUGGAGGAUGGCCGUGUUGAGUAUAGAGUGGCCCUCACCGAGGACCGGCUGCCCCGCCUGGAGGAGAUCCACAUCUGGGGACCCCUCCAGGAAGAUGCUGAGAUCCAGGUUUACAGGCGGUACGGCGAGGAGUAUGGCAACCUCACCUGCCCAGACAUCACCUUCACCUACUUCCAGCCUAAGCCACGGCAGGCCUGGGUGUGGGCCGCUGUGCGUGGGCCCUGCUCGGUGAGCUGUGGGGCAGGGCUGCGCUGGGUAAACUACAGCUGCCUGGACCAGGCCAGGAAGGAGUUGGUGGAGACUGCCCGGUGCCAAGGGAGCCAGCAGCCACCAGCGUGGCCAGAGGCCUGCGUGCUGGAACCUUGCCCUCCGUACUGGGCGGUGGGAGACUUCGGCCCAUGCAGUGUCUCCUGCGGGGGUGGCCUGCGGGAGCGGCCAGUGCGCUGCGUGGAGGCCCAGGGCAGCCUCCUGAAGACGUUGCCCCCAGCCCGGUGCAGAGCAGGGGCCCAGCAGCCAGCUGUGACAGCGGAAAUCUGUAACCCCCAGCCCUGCCCCGCCAGGUGGGAGAUGUCAGAGCCCAGCCCAUGCACAUCAGCCAGUGGAGCAGGCCCGGCCUUGCAGAAUGAGACCUGUGUGCCGGGGGCAGAUGGCCUGGAGGCUCCAGCGACUCAAGGGCCUGACUCCAUAGAUGAGAAGCUGCCUGCCCCUGAACCCUGUGUCGGGAUGUCAUGCCCUCCAGGCUGGGGCCAUCUGGAUGCCACCUCUGCAGGGGAGGAGGCUCCCUCCCCAUGGGGCAGCAUCAGGACAGGGGCUCAAGCUGCACACGUGUGGACCCCUCUGGCAGGGCCGUGCUCCGUCUCCUGCGGGCGAGGCCUGAUGGAGCUGCGUUUCCUGUGCAUGGACUCUGCACUCGGGGUGCCUGUCCAGGAGGAGCUGUGUGGCCUGGCAAGCAAGCCUGGAAGCCGGCGGGAGGUCUGCCAGGCUGUCCCGUGCCCUGCUCGGUGGCAGUACAAGCUGGCGGCCUGCAGCGUGAGCUGUGGGGGAGGGGUCAUGCGGAGGAUCCUGUAUUGUGCCCGGGCCCAUGGGGAGGAUGAUGAGGAGGAGAUCCUGUUGGACACCCAAUGCCAGGGGCUGCCUCGCCCAGAACCCCAGGAGGCCUGCAGCCUGGAGCCCUGCCCACCUAGGUGGAAAGUCAUGUCCCUUGGCCCAUGUUCGGCCAGCUGUGGCCUUGGCACUGCUAGACGCUCGGUGGCCUGUGUGCAGCUCGACCAAGGCCAGGAUGUGGAGGUGGACGAGGUGGCCUGUGCAGCACUGGUGCGGCCCCAGGCCAGCGUCCCCUGUCUCAUUGCUGACUGCACCUACCGCUGGUAUGUCGGGACCUGGACGGAGUGCUCUGUUUCCUGUGGGGAUGGCAUUCAGCGCCGGCAUGACACCUGCCUCGGACCCCAGGCCCAGGCGCCUGUGCCGGCUGAUUUCUGCCAGCACUUGCCCAAGCCAGUGACUGUGCGUGGCUGCUGGGCUGGGCCCUGUGUGGGACAGGGGACGCCCAACCUGGUGCCUCACGAAGAAGCCACUGCUCCAGGACAGACCACAGCCACCCCUGCUGGUGCCUCCCUGGAGUGGUCCCAGGCCCGGGCCCUGCUCUUCUCCCCGGCUCCCCAGCCUCAGCGGCUCCUGCCCGGGCUCCAGGAAAGCUCGGCGCAGUCCAGUGCCUGUGGCAGGCAGCACCUUGAGCCAACAGGAACCAUUGACAUGCGAGGACCAGGGCAGGCAGACUGUGCAGUGGCCAUUGGGCGGCCCCUUGGGGAGGUGGUGACCCUCCGCAUCCUUGAGAGUUCUCUCAACUGCAGUGCGGGGGACAUGUUGUUGCUUUGGGGCCGGCUCACCUGGAGGAAGAUGUGCAGGAGGCUAUUGGGCAUGACUUUCAGCUCCAAGACCAACACGCUGGUGGUGAGGCAGCGUUGCAGGCAGCCGGGAGGUGGGGUGCUGCUGCGGUAUGGGAGCCAGCUUGCUCCUGAAACCUUCUACAGAGAAUGUGACAUGCAGCUCUUUGGGCCCUGGGGUGAAAUCGUGAGUCCAGCCACGAGUAAGGCAGGGGGCUGCCGGCUCUUCAUUAAUGUGGCUCCGCACGCCCGGAUUGCUAUCCAUGCCCUGGCCACCGACAUGGACAAUGGGACCAAGGGAGCCAAUGCCAGCUACAUCUCGAUCCGGGACAUCCACAGCUUGAGGACCACAACGUUCCAUGGGCAGCAGGUGCUCUAUUGGGAGUCAGAGAGCAGCCAGGCUGAGAUGGAGUUCAGCGAGGACUUCCUUAAGGCUCAGGCCAGCCUGCGGGGCCAGUACUGGACCCUCCAAUCAUGGGUAACCGGAGGACCAGGACCCUCGUCCUGGAAGGGAAAGGAAGGGACCUGACGGUCAUUGAACAUUUGUUACGUGUCUGGCCAGCCCUGGAGGGUUGACCUCUGGUCUCAGUGCUUUCCAAUUCGAACUUUUUCCAAUCUUAGAUAUCUACUUUAGAGUCUUCUCCAAUGUCCAAAAGGCUAGGGGGUUGGAGGUAGGGAUUCUGGAAAGGCAGCCCCCAUUUCCUCGGGUACCAAUAAAUAAAACAUGCAGACUGA